UAAUCCUAUGGUCAAGAUAUAAUACCCUAACUUUUCUAUUUUAAUUUACCAAAAGACCCAAACCUAAUUUCUCAUUCUUUUUCUUUUUAGAUUCGCCGCACGCCACCAUCUUCUCUUUCUCUUCGUCUCUUCUUGUCCGCCAUUUUCGAUGAGAACAAAAGGAGACAUCAUUCUCCUCUCCUCUCCUCUCCGCCUCUCCACUGCCUCUCUUCCGUCGCCCUUCUCCAUUCCCUCUCUGUCAACACCAGCAACUGCUCUUCCUCUCCUUUGUAGCGCUGCCGCUCCGCUGAACAGCAGAUCCGAGUGGCAAGCCACCAAGAAUCAACAACUCCAAACAGCAGUAUUCUAUGACAACAACCAGCAACAGACAAUGAACCACCAGAAACAAAAACAAACAAUAGCGACACCAAACGCUGUUCCGACCAGCAAGCUAUUGGAUAAGACCAGUGUAUCUCAUUUGUUCUCAAUUACCAAGUAUCUUUGGACUAUUGGCUAUUGCAUUAUAGGUUUGCACUCUUUUAUGGAUGGGAGAAAACUACCAAGCUCUCAUCAAGCAUACUAUCAAGCUGCCGGGAUAUAAAAGAAGAGAAGAGUAUACGGAUUUGAAGCAAAAACAUAUUACAUGAAGCAAAUGUUCCUCUUAAGAAUAGUUGAUAUAUUUCUUUACAUAUUUUGCACCGGAAGUAUAUGAUUUUGACUUUCUAUCUAAAGAUUUUGAAAUCUAUUAAUAUUAUUUUAUAUGAA